CAUGGGCCUUAUGACUUUGAAAUGGAUGAGCCUUUUGGAAGCUGAAUUCGGGCUCCGAAUAGCGUAACCAUCGUCACUCUGGAUGGUUUCGGGUUAUCGGGUUUCGGAGUCCAUCUCUGCGCUGCUUCUUUCUUCUACCCAUCUUCUUCCCUCUUCGAUUCCCUUCUCGCCAUUAUCACCAUCUUCACGACCCUCCCUCCCUCCCUCCCUCUCUCUCUCUCUCUCUCUCUCUCUUCACCGUUCUUACUGAAGUUGAAAACAACACAGACUCACAAAGAUCCAUCACAUCCCCUCUCUCUUGCUUGUGCAAUGAGGGUGGUGGCAUAAAAAGCAAGGAGACACUAGGUUGAUUUUGAGAUGAGUUGACAUGAGUAGACUGUCAUUUAGGCCUCGCCCCCUCGACAUUCACAAGAAGCUCCCCAUUGUAAAAUCUGUUAAGGACUUUGAGGAUGACGAGACCCCCACUUCUACCCGUAGCUCGCAGAUAUUGCGUCCUCCUCAAGAGGCCGAUAACGAGGUACAACAAAUUCCUAGCAAGAAAGUGGCUUCUGAAAUUCCUACUCCACAGUAUGUUUUUGUUGAUACAUAUGAAAGAGAUUAUUCCUGCACUUUCACGCAACCGACAUCAUACUUACGAGCAAGAGGAGCUCGGGCCGAGCUUGGAGAUUUUGUUGAGUAUGACCUAGACAAUGAGGAUGAAGAUUGGCUUCAAGAGUUCAACAAAGAAAAAAAGCUUCUUACCACUGAAAAGUUUGAAAUUAUCCUAUUUAAAUUGGAGGCAUUGGAUCAUAAGGCUCGGGAAAGAGCAGGAGUUAUAACUGCUACUCUUGGUUCUCCCAUUCCUGUACUUCUACAAUUUGAUGCUGCUGCUGAGGUCCUACUGCCUCUGUCAGUAAAAUAUGGAGUUUUGCAGUCUAUUUAUAACUACUGGAAGGAAAAGCGUGAACAGUGGCAAAAGCCUAUUUUGCGGCGUUUGCAGCCUCCCCCACCAGUUAAUGAUACCAACCCAUACAAUGUGUUUAGGCCAAGGGAGAAAGCCCACAGACUUCACACGAGAAGAAUGCAAAGGAGGGAAAACAACGUGCAGUCAUUUGAAAAGCUUCGCCAGGUCAGGCGCAACCUUGACCAAGCCAAGACCCUGGUUGACGCUUUAAUCAAGAGAGAGGAGAAAAAGAGAGAAGUCAUAGAGAGUGAAGUUAGCCUACAAAGGCUUCAAAUAAAGUACAAGCAUGAAACUGAGCUUCUUGAAGACAGCUUGGCUCUACCUGGAUUGCCAUCCUUUCCUGGCAAGUUUGGUUCAAGCGAGGAGGAAUUUAUGGACUCAGAUGAUGUUGCAAACAUCCGUCCUCCGUAUACACUACCUGGUGCUGUACAGAAUAUGCCUUCCAUGGACUCCAAGCUGGUGAUGGUUUCUGCUGGAAGCAUGAAGCGAGAGUUCAGACGGAAGAAUGCCCCCAAUGGAUGGCUUCAUAAAUUGGACCCACUUGAGCCAGUUCUGCUGUUCACUAAGCCUGUAGAUCCAGAAAAACUGGCAGCUGCAGGCAUUGUGCCACCACCAGAUUCUUCAACAACAACGAUGACGACGAUGACGAUGAUGAACAGUGCAUCAGGCCGCUCAUAUAACUUUCAUGGGAGGAUUGGCCGAGGGGGACGGAUAGUAUUUGACAGAUGGAAUCCACUUAUGCAUACACCAAUUGACUGUGGUAACUCUUUUUAUAUACCACCAAAACCAAGGCAUUCUACGCACAAUUGACUUAACUGUGCAUAUUGCGUUCAUGCUGAGACAGGUGCACCCACUUGAAAACGAUCCAUUUUGUUCGUUAGGGAGGCAAUGCAUAAGGGAAUUUUGUGAGAUUAGUGAAUAUAUUGGUAGGCUUACUUAUGGGUAUUUGCUGCAGAGGCAAGAAGGCAACUUUCAUUAGUUUUGCCAGUGGAAAUAGUUGUACCUUGCUAUGACAAUUUCUUGUGGGGAAGCAUGCCUUUUGGUUUGCCUCUGCCCAUUGUACAAUUAUUGUUAUCUUUGCUCAAAGUAAAUGAAUCAAUCUCUCUCUCUCUCUCUCUCU